UGCUGAAUGUUUACUAAUUGAGAACUUUUUCCAGUUCCGCUUUUUCAAUGACAUGUCCGUAAAGUUUUCCAUUAAAGAUUGUUGCUUUUUAUGCAGAUGAUCAUUAUGAGGUGCAACAUUUUGUGUUUAUUUAUGGUUCACAAUAGAAAUACAAGAAAAUGAAACUACUUACCCCAAUGAUGUGGACUACUGAUUAGUGAUAUCAACACUACCUCGGUUGUGAAAUGGCUGCAACUGCUGCAUUCAUAGAAGGAUGGAAAGUGGCAGUUGAUUGUGCAAUGCGAAAAGUGCAGCAGUAUUCUCCAGUGUUUAUAACUCAAUCUGAACAAUAAUGAAACUUUGCCCAUAGCUGGCAUUAUCUGGUGUUUUAAUCACUGAUCGGAGCUAAUCAAUUAAAAGUGCAAGCAAUUGUGUGAAGUGUAGGAGGUCUUUCUCCUGUCUUACUUUUUUAUCAUGAAGGAAGAACACAGUAUAGCUCUUCUCAAUGGGGAUGGCUCCUUCACCAAUGAAAGGAGUAAUAACUAUAUGAGUAGCCACCUUUGCAAUAAAUUCAAUCUGCUGCAAAGGUGCUUAAUACAUAAUAAAUCCGGAUUGGGUCGAAGUUGCACGUAUUUAGGGCGCUUGGCUUCCGUUCGACGAUGUGUUUGUUUUCUGGUUUUCUUGUGCCUCGUUUCGUUGUUUUACUCAGCUUAUCAUCUUUCGUCAUUUCGCUUCAACAUCAUCCUACGAGGACCACGAUUGGAUCCGUCAAUCCAUUGUUCUUCUACAAAAGAAAAUGGUCUACGUCUGGGUAGUGUAAUGGGAAGUCGAAGCCAUGCCUCUCCAGGCCGCCUACGCAUUGAUGCCAAAGUUUUACUUUUUGCUGAAACGCAAUACUCACACCUAGGGCGAGAUAUUGCCGAACUCUUGGUCCACAACCGCUUAAAGUACAAAUUAGAAGUAGUUGGGAAAUCGCUUCCAAUUUUGACCAAUGUAGACAAAGGCAAAUAUGGAGUGAUUGUUUUUGAAAAUAUGGAUCGUUAUCUGACGAUGGAUAAAUGGAACAGGGAGCUUCUUGACAAAUAUUGUCGCCAGUAUCAGGUUGGAAUUAUUGGAUUUAUGUCUCCCCGCGAAGAAAGUCUAAUUGGGGCUCAGCUUCGUGGUUUCCCGUUGCAUAUUCAUACAAAUUUUAAGUUAAAGGAUGCCGAGUUAAAGGCUGAUUCUCCUGUAUUAAGAAUCACUCGAGCAGGUGAUGUUCUGUGGGGACCUUUGCCUGGAAACGAUUGGACGGUAUUUUCUCCAAACCAUUCUACGUACGAACCUUUGGCCAUGGGCUCCAUUCAAGCCCUCGAGGGUAGUGCAGGUUUUGGGGGAUUGUCCUCAAACGUCAUCACAGUUCUUCGAGACUGUGGUGAAUUUGACGGAAUUCAACGAAUCUUCUUCGGAUCUGGGUUAGACUUCUGGCUCCACCGACUUCUCUUCCUAGAUUCCAUGUCUUUUCUAUCUCAUGGCCGAUUGUCGACCAGUUUGCAACGCUACAUUCAAGUUGAUAUAGACGAUAUCUUUGUCGGUCAAAAAGGCACACGUCUUACUCCCAGCGAUGUAGAGAGCAUCAUCGAUACCCAAAGUCGUAUUCAAACGAUUGUUCCUGGCUUUAGAUUUAAUAUGGGGUACUCAGGAAAGUUUUUUAACCAUGGAACUGAUGAAGAGAAUAAAGGAGACGAAUACCUUUUGCAACGUGCCAAAGAAUUUACAUGGUUUGGACAUAUGUGGAGUCACCAGCAGCCACAUCUGUAUGAAAACAUCACCUUGCUGGAAGCUGAUAUGAUUCUUAAUAAAAAAUUUGCGAUUGAACAUGGUAUUCCAACAGAUUCUGGGUAUUCUGUAUCCCCACAUCACUCAGGUGUCUAUCCAGUUCAUGAAGCACUAUACGAAAUGUGGAAAAAACUCUGGAAUAUUCAUGUCACGUCCACAGAGGAAUAUCCGCACUUAAGACCUGCUCGAUUGCGCCGUGGAUUUAUUCAUCGUGGAAUUAUGGUUCUCCCGAGACAAACUUGUGGAUUGUAUACUCAUACCAUCUAUAUCGACAAGUAUCCUGGUGGUCGCUCAACCUUAGAUAGCAGCAUCAAAGGAGGGGAACUUUUUCAAACAAUCGUCUUCAAUAGGAUAAAUAUCUUUAUGACUCAUAUGUCAAACUACGGCAACGAUCGUCUGGCUUUGUACACCUUUGAAGCAGCUACAAAAUUUUUGCAGUGCUGGACGAAUCUACAGUUUCAAAGUAUUUCUGCUCUUCAGUUGGCUGACAAAUAUUUUCGGAUGUACCCCGAAGAGAGUGAACCAGUUUGGGGGAAUCCUUGUGACGAUCAACGUCAUAUGAAAAUCUGGUCGCAAAAUAAAACCUGCGAUCAGUUGCCAAGGUUUUUGGUUUUGGGACCUCAAAAAACUGGUACCACUGCCCUGUACACCUUUCUUUCCAUGCAUCCAGCAAUUGUUAGCAAUUAUCCCAGUCCUGAAACUUUCGAAGAAAUCCAAUUCUUCAAUGGGAAAAACUAUUAUAAAGGUUUGGAUUGGUAUAUGAGUUUCUUUCCGGUACCCAAAAAUUCCACUGCGAAAUUUCUGUUUGAGAAGAGUGCUACAUAUUUCGACGGCGAGUUAGUCCCUCGACGAGUACACGCUCUUUUACCUAAAGCGAAGCUGGUCAUCAUUAUAAUUUCACCUGCUAAAAGAGCUUACAGUUGGUAUCAGCAUAUGAGAUCUCAUGGGGAUCCUACUGCUCUUAAUUACACCUUUUAUCAAGUACUCACUGCCGGCGAUGCACAACCCAAAGCAUUAAGAGACAUAAGAUUUAGGUGUCUUAGCCCAGGAAUGUACGCCCACCAUCUAGAUCGUUGGUUGCUGUAUUUUCCUCCACAGCAAAUUUCAGUUAUCGAUGGCGAGCAAGUUCGUCUGGAUCCGGUCACCUCCAUGACCAAAUUGCAACAUUUCCUAAAAAUCAGACCGAUUUUCGAUUACUCAUUACAUCUCAGAUAUGAUGCUCGGAAAGGUUUUUUCUGCCAAGUAGUGAACGGUGACCACACUAAAUGCUUAGGUCGAAGUAAAGGACGCCAUUACCCUGCAAUGGAUGCGCAGUCAGCAAAAUAUCUUCAAUCUUUCUACAUGACACACAACAUAGCAUUGGAAAAAUUGCUCAAACGUCUUGGUUAUCCUAUCCCGCUUUGGCUAGAAGAGGACCUCAGCGAUCGCCCUGUUAAUAAUCAGGCGGUCGAGUUAUCAAAUUCACUCUGAAACUUUUAAACUGAGUUAUUUUUUUGUACAUGCGGUUCAGUUAAUUGCUUACCAAUUUUCUAAUGUCCGAUUCAAGUAAUCAAGUUAUCAGAGUGAAAUGAGGGAUAAGGAAUUGACGCAUACAUCAUAACCCGACCAAUUCAAACGUGAAGUGCUUUAUUUCAAAUUUGUAUCAUUCUUCAAGUGCAAAUUUUCAGCUAGAUUUAUUUUCCAAGAUCAGCAAAACUCCUAAAUUGUAAAUUGCCAAAAUGAAAGUUAUCUGAGGCUUUACUGUAAGGUUAUUUGGGUGUCUUGCUGGAUUUCCUGAAUUCAUAAUCAUUUCCAUCAUAAUUUUAACCUGUCGAAAGGAUUGUCCCGGAGCACUAUAUUUAAAAAUAUAAAUAACUGAAUAUAUUUGAAUUGAUAGUGUUCAA